AUGAUGCUGACGUUACUGGAGAAAGAGCUGUCUGAAGAGAAAGCCACAUGGAAAGAACUAAAGGAGCGUCUAAAGAGUGAGCUCUCCAUACGUGAGGAGCUAGAGCAGAAUAUAAGCAAGAUCGAAUUGGAGCUCCAGAAAAUUAAAACUCAGAAGGAAGAAAAGGGGACGAUGCCAAGUCACGGGAAGAAUACGGAAAAGGAGGCGAAGUUGACAUUAGCCCAGAGAAUGAAGGAGAAUUGCAAGAUCAUAAAAAAAAACAUUCAUGAACUCCCGACGAAAAAAUUGAUGGAAGACAGAGAGAAACGGCUAGCCAAAUAUGAAAUUGGCAAUGAGAGGCCAGGUAGUGGAACAGGAAAAGUGAUCUUGCUUGUUGGGGGCACAGGAGCAGGAAGGAGUACCCUCAUCAAUGGGAUCGUGAAUUUCGUAUUCGGAAUGGAUUAUCAUGAUAGUUUCCGAUUCAAGCUCAUCUCGGAUGAAAACAAGGUACACCACAGUCAGACCAAAUGGAUCACGGCGUACCAAAUACAUAUGCAGCAAGGAUUCGCUCUGUCCCAUUCCCUGACCAUCAUCGAUACUCCUGGAUUUGGAAAUACAGAAGGCAUAAGGGCUGAUGAAGAACUGAAAUAUCAGAUCAGGGAGUUCUUCUCUUAUUGCGUUAACAUCGGAGUGGAUCAGCUCAAUGCAAUUUGCAUUGUUGUACAAUCCUCUCUGGCCAGAUUCACACCCACCCAGAAAUAUAUAUUUGACUCCAUCCUGUCAGUGUUUGGGAAUGAUGUCAUGGAAAAAAUGUACUUAUUUAUCACAUUUGCGGACAACAAAAGACCCUCAGUUCUGGACGCCAUCAAAGGAGCCAAAGUUCCGAACAAUGAUUAUUUCAAGUUCAACAAUUCCGCUCUCUUCUCUGAUUCUACGGCUGAUGGUUCUGACGAGUGUGACAAAUUUUUCUGGCAGAUGGGUGUCACUAGUUUUAAGAAAUUUUUCGAGAAAGUCCUAGAAAUCCAACCGGUGAGUCUCACAUUGACGAAAGAAGUUUUGCAGGAACGGCAGCAAUUGGAGACCGCUUUCCAAGGCAUCGAACCUCAAAUUACAGCAAUGCUGAAGCAAUACGAGGCAAAGUUGGAGGCUAACAAAGAUUUCACAUAUACAGUGAAGGUUCAGAAGCAGGAAAUGGUAGAUCUGGAAACUGGUGUGUACGCGACAAACUGCCUUAGAUGCAACUUCACCUGCCACUACCCCUGCACCAUGCCCCAUGUUCUGUUAAUAGAUCGCUGCAUUGCUAUGCCAUUCGUCAUGGAGACAGGAGAAGCGACACAUUGUACUGUAUGUCCUGCCCAAUGUCCUCCAGAUCAGCACGUCAACAACCAGUAUCGGUUCGUAUUAUAUGAGGAAGAUGAGACGAAAACCUCUGACGAAUUAAAGGCGAAGUACGAGCAAGCAACUGGGAAAAAAGCGACUACCGAAGGGAUUGUGAAGAACCUGUUCAAUAACUUCAACCAGGAACGGGCAAAUAUACUGAAUUUAACAAAGAGGGCACACGAAUGCUUGCAGAAACUCGACAUAAUUGCCCGGAAACCUGAUCCUUUGGGGUUCACCGAUUAUAUCGAUCUUUUGAUCCAGACCGAGCAAAGAGAAGCCCGUCCCGGUUACGUGCAAAGGAUUAAGUACCUCCAAGAUACAAAAGGCAAAGCCGAAUUGGCUGAGAAGCUCAAACAAGGUUUUGAUCCAUUCAAGGAAUACAUGAAGGAUUUCGAAGUGGAAGGGUUUGAUAUAUCUAUUUCCGAUCCGAAUUCCUUUGAAUGCGAAGUUGGAUCAUCGGAUUACGAGGACGACAACGAAAAUGAAGUGCAUAUGGGGCUUCUUGGAAGAUUCAAGAAGACGGCUUUAUCAAUUUUGGGUAUAGGAGAAAAGUAA